CGCUGGGCCUCCGGAUCGGCGGUGACGGGUGGGGGGAAGUUCGGGCAGCGCGGGCUGGCGGCGGGGGACCGGGAAGGCCGCGAGGCCCGGCGGGGUCGAGGUUCGGAGUUGGCGGGUCCGAGGCCCGGCUGGAGAUGCGGAAUCAGAAGCUCGAAGAGGUGAAGUGACCUCCCCGAGGCCGCACAGCUCCUAAGUGUGACUGAACUGGAAAGCUGGAGCGUCUGGUUCCAAAUCCGUGCCAAGUUCCAGGAAACAACAGGAGAGGGGCAAGUUAACAGGCCACCGGAGUGACCGGCUGUUUGGAAGUGAAACACUGCCGAAGGAGGAGCGGAGAGUGAGGGCCAGGCUCCGCGGGGUCAGCUGUAUCUGCACCCAGUGCUGAGUCUGUUCUGUGUGGGACUGCUGAUGGUGGAGACGGUGUCCGGGGCCAGGGGCCCAUUUACAGGGGCCCACAUUGGCCCCCAGUUUUCAGCCUUAGGUGUGAACCAGACCCCCACGGAAGACGUGAGCAUCCAGUGUCGUGACGUGUGUGGCCUGAACAUCUCUGACCGCUGUGACUUCGUCCGGACCACCCCUGACUGCCUCAGCCAAGGGGGUUACCUGAACUACCUCGAGGGCAUCUUCUGCCACUUCCCACCUAACCUCCUCCCUCUGGUCAUCACCCUCUAUGCUUUCUGGCUACUUUACCUGUUUCUGAUUCUGGGAGUCACCGCGGCGAAGUUUUUCUGCCCUAACUUGUCAGCCAUUUCCACCAUGCUCAAGCUCUCCCACAACGUGGCAGGCGUCACCUUCCUGGCCUUCGGGAACGGCGCACCCGAUAUCUUCAGCACCCUGGUGGCUUUCUCGGAUCCGCGCACAGCCAGCCUGGCCUUCGGGGCGCUGUUUGGAAGCAGUGGAGAGAGUCCCACCCCCCUUUCUUGCCCCUCCGCAGAUGGCGUCUAUGACAUAGGUGGCCUGGUUCCUGUCUGGGCCAUCGUGGUGAUUGCGGGGACAGCUGUGGCUGCGGUGACCUUUUUUGCCACAUCCAACAGCGAGCCCCCCAGGCUUCACUGGCUCUUUGCUUUCCUGGGCUUCCUGACCAGCGCCCUGUGGAUCAACGCAGCGGCCACGGAGGUGGUGAACAUCUUGCAGUCGCUGGGAGUGGUCUUCCAGCUGAGCAACACUGUCCUGGGGCUCACGCUGCUGGCCUGGGGGAAUAGCAUUGGAGAUGCCUUCUCAGAUUUCACGCUGGCCCGCCAGGGCUACCCACGGAUGGCGUUCUCAGCCUGUUUCGGCGGCAUCAUCUUGAAUCUGCUGGUGGGAGUGGGGCUGGGCUGCCUGCUUCAGAUCUCCAGGAGCCACGCGGCGGAGGUGAAGCUGGAGCCAGAUGGACUGUUGGUGUGGGUCUUGGCCGGCGCCCUGGGCCUCAGCCUCGUCUGCUCCCUGGUCUCGGUCCCACUGCAGUGCUUCCGGCUGAACAAAGUCUACGGCUUCUGCCUGCUCCUCUUCUAUGUGAACUUCCUCGUGGUGGCCCUGCUGACGGAAUUUGGGGUGAUUCACUUGAGAAGUGCGUGAGUGAUGCCACGUGUCCGGGCCGCCUGGUGGCCGGCAGGUGUGACUGCAGGCGGCGAGAGGGACGUCUGGCCUGGGGGGCUGUGAAGGGGGUGGCUGGGGCGGCGGGGACCGCUGCCUCUGCUGGAGGUUCCUGGCUGCCACCUGUGCAGGGAGAACAGCUAGGCCUUGUUUCUGGGACAUCGGAGACCCGGCUGUGCUGCGCACGGAGCUGCGGACAGAAGGUAGACCUCCUUGGAUUAUCCGUGGAGCCUCUUGGGGGCUGAGUGCCUUCCGGCCGGUGUCGCCACACCAGCGGAGUGUUCUAGGGCCUGUAGUCAUGCCCUGCUGCCUUCCUGCAUCUUCUCCUGAGGGCUCACUCACACUGCUGCCCAACCUGGGCUUAGGGUGUCAGGGCGACUCGGAUGGUGGGCAGCGCACAGUGGGCGUCCGGCCGUCCCGGGCUGCGUCCUAGAGCUGCACCGUCCAACAGAAAUGGAACGUGAGACGCAUACCGAAUUUUGAAAUUUCUAGUCGCCCCGUUAAUAAAAGCCAAAAGAAACAGGCCCUAUAUUGUGUGUAUUAUUCAGUGGCUCCAAAAUAGCAGCGACGGCGCUGGCCCCGUCAUGGCCGCCAUAUUGGACGGCACAGCUCUGGCCUCUACUCUCGACUGUCCGCUGGCUGUUGGCAGACUCCCCUGUGCCCUGAACCUCAGGCUUCCCUAGCUGUGAAGCAGGCAUCAGCCGGACUGUGCCCUGUCCUACCUCGGUGGGAGCCCAGGGCCGGGGUUCCAAUUCCUGGAAGCUCCAGGGAGGACGGAGAGAGUGCUCCCCAGUGCCUUCCGGCUGUCAGCUACGGACCUGCCUUUUCAAGGAGCAACCGUUCAGUUUGCCCAACUGCCUUCUGUCAGCAGCUGCAGCAAAGCAAUUUGACGGUCUUUUUUUUCCCCAGGGAAAGAAAAUGAUUAAAUAUUUCAAGCGUACAGAAAGCAGCACACCCAUCUUCUACCGGUUCUUCCUUACCUGGGCCAGAGGGAUUCCCCGGCGUUAUCCCUUUCGAGUGUGGCAGGAACCGUGUCCUCAUGGACACCCGAGAAAACCGAGGCUUAGAAGUUGUACGAAGCUGGAUGAAGUUGAGAGCCUCUCCUAACUCCCAUGUUGCUUUUGCUCCCCUCCAAUAAGGCUGUGAGAGCAUUUUGCAAAAAAAAACGUAACCCACCAAA